AUGAACAUGACGAAGAGGAUGGUGACAAUGGCUCUUCUUCCUCCUCUUCAUCGUCAUCGUCGUCCUCAUUUUCUUCAUUCUGACGUUGUUGUUGAUGAACUCUUUGUUGAUUUUGAUUUUGAUUUUGCUCUUGUGGUUGCGCUGGAGUUUGCGAUUGUGAUCUCGAUCUCGAUCUCGAUCUCGAUCUCGAUCUCGAUUGAGUUUGUAGUUGUGUUUGUGUUUGCGUUUGUGUUUGUGGGUGUAGUUGUAGUUGCAGUUGCAGUUGUGGUUGUGGUUGUGUUUGCGUCUGAACCUGUGGUUGCACUGCUGGUAAAGGUAGCGAAGUUGGAGCAGAAAAUGAAAAGGAUCGAAGGUUGCCACCACAGCCACUCAAACCGGAUACCGGGCUUAGGAGCGGACUUGGGGUGCGCGAGUAAGAGUGGGUUCGACUAUGGGCCCAAGUUGGAAGGUGCUGUGGAAGAGCUAGGGAAAGAGAUGAAGAUCGGAGAGGUAGUGAACAUGGCUGUGGAGAGAGUGAAUCGAUGGGUGAGAGCAGAGGAGAAACAAAGCACAGAGGAAGAAGAAGAAGAAGAAGAAGAGGAAGAAGAUGAUGAUGAUGUCUUUGGGCGAGGGACGGCGAGAGGUGAGUGGAGCGGAGAUAGAGCUGGAGAUGGUGCAAGGCGUGGCGAAGGAGGUGAGAAAUUGAGAGUGGGUGGCGUAUGCGUAUGCGUAUGCGUCGAGAUAGUUGGUGGUGAAGAUGAUCGGAGAGACGUAAAGAGGUGUGAAAUCGACGGCAGCGUCGGUUGA